AUGUAGUUAGAUCAUUUGCUGAUACUUUAGAAGGAAUUCCAAAAUUAUUUAGGUGAUAAUUGUAGUCUUUAUCCAAUCACUAGUGUACCAUUAGCCAAUUUAGGUAAUUGGUAGAAAAUAAUCCUAAAAUUGGAAUUAAUAUUUCUACUAAUUUAAUUAAAAGGGAACAUGUGA